AAGCCGCCAAGGGUCAAUUUCAAUCGGCGUGCUCAUUUGAACAAGAGGAACCGCUACGAAGAAGAAGAGAAGAGCGGCCCAGUACUGAUUAUUCAACUUUCAAGUCAAUAUUGAUGGAGUGGCAGCCAGAUGAGCAGGGACUUCAGCAGGUCCUACAGCUGCUCAAAGACUCCCAGUCACCUAACACAGUCACACAGAGAGCUGUCCAACAAAAACUUGAACAACUCAACCAGUUCCCUGACUUUAACAACUAUCUCAUCUUUGUCCUUACACGACUCAAAACUGAAGAUGAGCCGACUCGCUCUCUGAGUGGUCUGAUACUGAAGAACAAUGUCAAAGCCCACUACCAGAACUUCCCAUCAGCUGUCGCUGACUUCAUCAAGCAGGAAUGCCUCAACAACAUCGGCGAUCCCUCGCCACUCAUCCGUGCCACCAUUGGCAUCCUGAUCACAACUAUUGCCUCCAAAGGAGAGCUGCAAACAUGGCCCGAGCUGCUGCCUCAGCUCUGCAACUUGCUCAACUCAGAGGACUACAACACGUGCGAGGGCUCAUUUGGCGCACUGCAGAAGAUCUGCGAGGAUUCGUCGGAGCUGCUGGACAGCGACGCUCUGAACAGACCCCUCAACAUAAUGAUACCCAAAUUCCUUCAGUUCUUCAAGCAUUGCAGCCCCAAGAUUAGAUCCCAUGCCAUAGCCUGCGUGAACCAGUUCAUCAUCGGCCGAGCCCAAGCCCUGAUGGACAACAUUGACACUUUCAUAGAGAGCCUGUUUGCGCUGGCAGCAGAUGAGGACUCUGAGGUCAGGAAGAAUGUGUGCCGAGCCCUGGUCAUGCUACUGGAGGUCCGCAUCGACCGCCUCAUCCCCCACAUGCACAGCAUCAUCCAGUACAUGCUGCAGCGAACCCAGGACCCUGACGAGAACGUGGCUCUGGAGGCCUGCGAGUUUUGGCUGACUCUAGCAGAGCAACCCAUCUGUAAAGAGGUGCUCUCUGGACACCUAGUGCAACUGAUCCCUAUCUUAGUAAAUGGGAUGAAGUAUUCUGAGAUAGACAUCAUACUACUGAAGGGUGACGUGGAGGAGGACGAGGCGGUACCAGACAGCGAGCAGGACAUCAAACCCCGUUUCCACAAGUCACGCACAGUCACUUUGCAGCAUGAAGGAGGGGAGGGGGAGGAGGGGGAGGACAUCGAGGAAGAUGACGACGACGAUGACGACACGCUGUCUGACUGGAAUCUGCGGAAAUGUUCGGCCGCAGCACUGGACGUGCUGGCCAAUGUGUUCCGCGACGAGUUGCUACCCCACCUCCUGCCACUCCUGAAAGGCCUGCUCUUUCACCUUGACUGGGUGAUCAAGGAGUCUGGCAUCCUGGUGUUGGGGGCCAUAGCUGAGGGCUGCAUGCAGGGCAUGGUGCCCUACCUACCGGAGCUCAUCCCUCACCUCAUCCAGUGUCUGUGUGACAAAAAGGCCCUGGUCCGCUCCAUUGCCUGCUGGACCUUGAGUCGCUAUGCACACUGGGUGGUUUCCCAGCCCCCCGACUCGUAUCUCAAACCGCUCAUGACAGAGCUCCUGAAACGCAUCCUGGACAGCAACAAGAAGGUGCAGGAAGCCGCCUGCAGUGCAUUUGCAACCUUGGAGGAGGAGGCAUGCACAGAGCUGGUGCCAUAUCUGAGUUUCAUUCUGGACACACUGGUCUUUGCUUUCGGGAAGUACCAGCACAAGAAUCUGCUCAUCCUGUAUGAUGCCAUAGGGACUCUGGCAGAUUCAGUGGGUCACCAUCUCAAUCAGCCAGAGUACAUUCAGAAGCUGAUGCCCCCUCUUAUUGCGAAGUGGAAUGAGCUGAAGGACGAAGACAAGGAUCUCUUCCCUCUGCUGGAGUGUCUGUCGUCAGUAGCCACCGCCCUGCAGAGUGGGUUUCUGCCCUACUGCGAGCCCGUCUAUCAGCGCUGUGUCACAUUAGUCCAGAAGACACUAGCUCAGGCUAUGAUGUACAACCAGCAUCCAGACCAGUAUGAAGCUCCUGACAAGGAUUUCAUGAUUGUGGCCUUGGAUCUGCUAAGCGGGCUGGCUGAAGGUCUGGGAGGACACGUGGAACAGCUUGUGGCUCGCUCUAACAUCAUGACCCUGCUUUUCCAGUGCAUGCAGGAUACCAUGCCCGAGGUGAGGCAGAGCUCCUUUGCUCUCCUGGGCGAUUUAACAAAGGCAUGCUUCCUCCACGUGAAGCCCUGUAUUGCUGAGUUCAUGCCCAUCCUUGGUCUCAACCUGAACCCAGAGUUUAUCUCCGUGUGUAAUAACGCCACCUGGGCCAUUGGGGAGAUCUCCAUGCAAAUGGGUGCAGAAAUGCAGCCGUAUGUGGGUAUGGUGCUGCCACACCUGGUGGAGAUCAUCAAUAGACCCAACACUCCCAAGACUCUGUUGGAAAACACAGCCAUCACGAUCGGCAGGCUGGGUUUUGUGUGUCCUCAGGAAGUGGCGCCACAGCUGCAGAAUUUCAUUAGGCCAUGGUGCACGUCGUUGAGGAAUAUAAGAGAUAAUGAGGAGAAGGACUCGGCUUUCCGGGGAAUCUGUGUGAUGAUCGGCGUGAACCCUGCAGGAGUGGUGCAGGACUUUAUUUUCUUCUGUGAUGCUGUGGCCUCAUGGGUGAGCCCGAAGGACGACCUGAGGGACAUGUUUUAUAAGAUCCUGCAUGGCUUCAAGGACCAGGUCGGAGAGGAGAACUGGCAGCAGUUCUCUGAGCAGUUCCCUCCUCUGUUGAAGGAGCGCCUGUCAGCCUGCUACGGCGUCUAACCCGGCCACCCCUUUGGUCCACGCAGGACACUGACCUGUUAAGUUAAUGAAGGGGAGGGUAACAGGGGAACUCAUUGCACUGCCCAGAACGUGGGGAGAAACUAGAGCUGGAGGGAUGUGACUGGCCUUGACCCUCCACUCUGCGGAUAGCCUCCAUUUCCCCUCCCCCGUUGCCCUGUUUGUCUCUCUGAGGGAGGGUGGGAGGAGGGUGGUGGGUGUGGGGAGGGUAAACUGGGGAUAUACACAUACCUCUCGGAUAAAACGCCUCACUAAAUCCAACAUGCUCAAAAGUGACUUUUCGCCAACAGCACCGCAGGGAUUCUAGGUAGGUGAGGGCAAAACGGAGGCCAAGUUCGACCUCCCCCCUCCUCGAUAUUUUUUUUCCUAUUUUUUUUUUUUUUUUUUAAAUUAGUCUGACAUAGAUGACGGCUGGGAGGGGAGGGGGGGGUGGCAGAUAGGUACACUUUUAAAAACAAAACAAAAAGGAAUGAUCUGAAACAGCAUAGGGUGCCACAGUCCCAAAUACCACACACAGGUGUUUAAACAGGCUCGUGCCAGAGGCUAAAUAAUAAACACAGACGCUUUUACUAUGUAACAAUGUGCACACAGUUUGUUUUGCACCUUUCACUGCAAAAAUCAUCAAAGCAUUUCGUGUGCAUACACAUGGGUCUUUUUUUUUUCUUUCUUUUUUUUUCUCUCCCUCCCUUUCAUAUUUACGCUUCCUUCCUCUUCCCUUGGUUGCUGAAAAUCUUCAGUCCUGUAGCUAUUUUCCUUCCCUUGUCGGAGGCAAAGAGAUGCAGUACAUCUGUCCUCUUUAAGGUUUUACCACCACAGUACCAAAAUAUUGCAUGACAUACGAUCACCUCUUAAGUGAUGCACGUUAGAGUGAAUGGGUUUUGUUUCUGUAUUGUUUUUUUUCCUUCUCCAUUUAUUGCGUUAGUUGUCGUCCGAACGGGGAGGCUUGCCAUAACUUAAAGCCGUCACGUGCGUGGUUCUUUUGUCCUCCCUUUUCAUGCAUAUUGUCUAAUCAGUGUCCGAGUAGUUAAAACGGAGGCAGCGCGCACGUGUGCGAAGACUAGAUUAUAGGCAGGUUUAAUCAGCUCGUGCGCAUUUUUGUUUGGGGAAAAAACCAACACUGCAACAGGAGUUUAAAAUACUGUAGGCAAGCUGAGAAUCAUAUUUGCUGCUUUCUUUCUUUUUUUUUUUUUUAAAUAGAGUAUUUGUGAAACAGAGCUAUAAGACAUCACCAAGAAUGAAUUGGUUCUUACUGGUAUAAAUGCACUUUUUUUCUCUCUUUUGUAAUAAAUUUAGAAUUUCUUAUGUAAGGCGUACAGUAAUAUACUGAACUUGAAACCUAGCGUUUUGUCUUGAUAAGUGAUUUUUAGGACUGUUAACGGCUUGCCGAGGUAAGCAUACUGAUAAUGUUAAGCAAUGAUACGAUGACUUGGUAAGACUUGAGGCCUCUUAACAUAGUUUUAUAAUGUAGCUCCUUAUAAAAUGGACUGAUUAGGAUGUAAGUGGAGGGAGACAUCUUAAAUGUAGUGUUUUUUUGCAGUUGUCAAUCCAUACCUGUGUCUGAGGAUGUCACUCCCCCCCUCCCCGGUCGAUUUCAUUACAGCUUCCUGUUAAGCGAUGGCUGUCGGAGCCAUCGAGGCUUCACCUUGUCAUGAAUGUUGCAUGCUUUUUGACAGGUCUUGCCCCUUUCGUUUUUCUUGUUCUUCUAGUAGCUGGUCCCUUUUUAGGGACCCACCUUUAUAAGUGCUUGUCAAUGGCAAUGCAACUCGCUGCUGGACUGAUAAGGUACUUCUCCAGCUUAUGAUCAAACUAGUGAUUGUCGUUGCCAUAUAUUCACCCGUUGAUACUGUGUAGGAUAUGCCUGGGAUAAACAGAGUCCUGAUAGUACGUUCCCUCAUCUUGGUUAUCUUACUCUGCUUUAUCUUCUCAUCACUGUCCAUGGUGUGGAUGGUUGUAAUGGAGCUGUAUAUGGCUGUUUGCCUGGUUGUGUUUCCAGAAGUACUUUUUAGACAUAAUUUGACCAGCCCUACUCAAAAAGUUAUGUUUGGGAGUAAAGUUAGGCCACUUGCCUGCUGGUUAAUAGUUGGACAGGGUGCACAAAAGCUUCAGAGAUAAUGAUUAAGAUUCCAGCCGCACAGGGCAAGAGACCGGUCAAUGAUCUCCCCGGCAACCUCUGGUCGCUAGGGGAAAAAUGUCUAUUUUACGAGUGGUUUCUGGCAUUUGCCAGGUGGAAAUUUGUCUCAAAGGGGGUUUAUACAGUGUUGUAGUGAUAACCUUGAAAUUGCUUUGAUUACUUCCAGGUGGCUUCUGUGUCCCAUAGUUUCUAUUGAAGACUGCUCACUGCUGGUGAAACUGACAAGUUCACCACAAACCAGAAACGGAGACUGUUUCCUUUAAAGUAAAAGUUGGCUUUAAAAAAAAGAAGGAAAAAAAACAAAAGAAAUUGUUGCAUCAGUAAGACCUGGUUUUUACUUUGUUAGCAAAUGUUUUUAGUUUCUGGUUUGAAGGUUUUUCACAUUUAGCCACCGGAGGUCGCCGAUCAGUCUCUAGCCUCCAUGACUGAGGCCCGAUGGACAUCUCUAACACAUGUUCCUGCCUGAUCAAAGUUGCAUUCACAUCAGCUUCUGACUGUAGAUUAUGUAUUUUAGAAUAAACCCUUUAAUUCUG